GCCAACCUGCUUCUCCGCUUAUUUCUUUUCUCAUUUUCUACUAUCAGAGGACACACAUGCAAUUCAUCUGACAGAUUUUUCCUUGAGAUCCCAAAAGCAGUGGACAGGGAGGAAGGACGCAUAUCAAGGUCUGGCGAUGGCACCAAAACGAGAACCAUCAAUUAAAAAAUCUCCAUCUGGGGGAACCUUACCAAGACAUGGACCACCAUUUCCUUGCCCUUCCACAACGCCCUCACCCCCGAAACCAGCUCCUGAGCUGAAACCGCGGAUGCUGCGCCCCUCUGAAUCCCCCUUUGACCCCAGCACAUUAGAGAUUGAGUUUAACUUGGAGCAAAUACACGAAUUCAAAGAAGCCUUCCUCUUGUUUGACCGGACGGGAGAUGGAAAGAUCACCUACAGUCAGUGUGGGGAUGUGAUGCGUGCGCUGGGCCAGAAUCCCGUCAAUGCUGAGGUGCUCAAGGUCCUGGGAAACCCAAAGGCCGAAGAAAUGAACCAUAAACUGCUGGACUUCGAACAGUUCCUGCCCAUGCUCCAGGCCAUCGCUAAGAACAAAGACCAGGGCACGUUUGAGGACUUUGUGGAGGGGCUAAGAGUAUUUGACAAGGAAGGCAACGGCACAGUCAUGGGUGCUGAGCUCCGUCAUGUUCUCACCACACUGGGAGAGAAGAUGACCGAAGAGGAGGUAGAAACGCUUCUAGCCGGACACGAAGAUGCAAACGGCUGCAUCAAUUACGAAGCCUUCGUUCGCCACAUCAUGUCUGGCUGAGAGAUGUCUCGGGUAACUCGUCCGCAUGGUCAUGAGCGGUUGAAGAUAAAGGCCACAACCCGUUUGUUUGUCUUAUUUUCUAUGUAAUAAUUUCUUUAUGUAUUUUGUUUUUCUUCCUAUUCAUUCCGUCACCUUCAUUUGCUUAAUGGCUUCAGUCUCUCUCUUGUGUUUGCACUCAUUUGGGUAUUUUUAUUAGAAGUGCCUUUUAUCUUCUUUAAGUUCCCAUAUGACUCCCCAAGAGAUACACCUCCUGUCCUGUGGUAUUCAAAUCAUAUAACGAUAUGAAAAAGAUCUCUUGUGUGCUGACACGGUCUGCAAUAAAACCUCUUGAUGCAGCACAUAAGCAGUGUGUAUGCACUUCCAGUGUAUCCUCAGGCAUCUUUGCUGGACAGUGCUGUAGUGAACAUGUUGUCUGGCCAGACUUAUUUUUGGCCUUUUCAGAAUGAGAAGUUAACUUUUUUCCAAAGUGGGAAAUUAGGAAUUGAAAAUGCAAUAAAAACAUUUUUUUUGUUUGUUUUAAUAAACUUGGAAUGUUUUCGCUGUCCAAUAAAGUACAUUUUAAACAGAAACUA